GACAGCGCUAGCACACAUGACACAUAGCGCACGUGUUUAAUGAAUUUUGAGGUUAUAAUCAGUUAUGAUGCUCAGUGAUCUAAAUCAACAUUUACUUUUAUUGAUAUAUUGUAUGAAGUAUAAUAUAUAUAUAUAUUGCGUUAUUAUAAGCAUUAAAUAGAAAGCGUUUCUCCGCAAAAUGGGGCGUAUUCAACGUAAAAAGACACUGGAUACUAAGAGCAAAAUCAACAAAACUAAAUCAAUACAGAAAACGCGCAAGCAGCUACGUAAAGAGAAAAGGCAACAAAAGAAGAUAAGUAGGGCAGAGUAUUAUCAAAAGAAAAAGUCGAAAAAUCAGUCGGGAAAAAUUGUUCAAGUAUCAGGGACUGACAGUGAUAAAUCGAUGAAAAUAAAAGAAAAAGUUGACGUUGACCAGGUGCCAACGACGAAGACGCAAAAACGACAGAAGUCUAAAGAUACGAAGGAAAAAAGGAUGCAGAAGAAUGCAAAAAAGCAAAGAAUGGUACAGUUGAACCAGGCUAAUAUAGAGGAGGACAAGGCGAUUAAACACUUGGAAAAGCAAUUGAAGUUGAAUAAACGAAAGAGCAAAUCUAUCCCAAAGUCUUUCGUAUCAGAUGGAUUAGAUUAUCUCUUGGAUUUCUGUGAUUCGGAGAAUAGAAGUCACAUUGUUAAAACUGAGAAGCAAUUGCAAGAAACUGAAGUGAGUAAAGAACUCGAAGAGGACUUGAACUUGGCUAUUGGCGAGGAAGAUAUUGAGGAUAGGCAUGAAAAUGACGAAGAAGAUAGCAUAGAUGACAAUGAAGAUUCUGAACAAGAUUCAGAAAAUGAAAGUCUUUUGUCCGAUCAACAUUUAACUCAAGAUAAUAGCAAAGAAAUUUCUUUAGAAGAGACAAAUACAAUAAACAAAUCUAAAACUUAUGCAACAGAUGACGAAGAUGAGACAGUGAAUGAAGAGUUGAAUCAGAGUGACGCAUCAGAACAGUCAGAUGAUGAAGAUUUAUGGGAAGAUAUUUAUGGUAGGCAAAGAGACAAAGAGGGUAACAUUGUAUCAAAGAAAUAUGUACCACCUGCUGGACGCAUUGGAAGUAAUAUUUCUUCCGACGAUGAAAAAGUUCGUAGAUUGAAAAGACAAAUGAAAGGUAUUUUAAAUAGAUUAGCAGAGCAAAAUAUGCAUACCAUUGCAAAUCAGGUAGAAGAAAUGUAUAUGUCAAACAGUCGUAACGAUAUGAAUGUAAUGUUAUCCAAACUAAUGAUGGAAAGUAUAGUUGCACCAACAUUAACUCCAGAUCGACUUAUCAGUGAACAUAUGAUGUUAAUCGCUGUAUUACACGCAAAUGUUGGUACGGAAGUUGGCGCACAUUUUUUACUGACUAUUGUAAAAAAGCUUCACCAUAUGUUGGAGGAAUCUCAUUGUGUUGAGAAUAAGGAAUUAGAUAAUAUUAUCCUUAUGAUUUCACAUCUCUAUAAUUUCAAGGUAUAUGGUCAUCGCCUUCUGUAUCAAAUAUUAGAAAAACUAGCAGCAAAGUUCACAGAGAAGGAAAUUGAACUGAUUUUAUUGAUUUUAAGGACAGUGGGCUUUCAGUUAAGAAAAGAUGAUCCAAUUGCUUUGAAGGAACUUAUAUUAAAUUUGCAACAAAAGGCAAAUAAUGCUAUCCUCGAAAACUCGAGGGUCAAAUUUAUGUUAGAUGUAUUACUAGCAAUAAAAAAUAAUAAUGUGAACAAAAUACCACAGUAUGAUCCAACUCAGAUAGAACACUUGAAGAAAAUUCUAAAGAGUUUUAUCCAUAAGGGUAAUAACGUUGCACAAUUUAAUGUAACUUUAGAAGACUUACUACAAGCGGAUGAAAGAGGAAAAUGGUGGAUAGUAGGAUCAGCCUGGUCCGGUCUCAAGGAUAUUGGUAAAUUAGAAAAGAAUUCAGAAGACAAAAAACAAAAGUACAGUGAAGACAUAUUGGAGUUAGCACGAAAACAGAGAAUGAAUACUGAUAUCAGAAGAGAUAUAUUUUGCGUACUUAUGACAGCUGAAGAUUAUUUAGACGCAUUUGAAAAAAUUCAUCACCUUGGUUUGAAAAAUCAACAACAAAGGGAAAUAAUUUACGUUAUCCUCAAUUGUUGCAUUCAAGAGAAAAAGUUCAAUCCUUAUUAUGCUGUUUUGGCGCAAAGGCUCUGUGAUACCGAUAGAAAAUAUCAGUUAACUAUACAAUAUGCAUUGUGGGAUAAAUUAAAGGCAUUGGAUGAUUUGAGUACAAAACAGUUAACAAAUCUGGCAAAAUUUUUGACUUCUCUAUUCUUAGGCAAAGGUCUUCCUCUUUCCAUUUUAAAGGUUAUUCAAUUUACGGAAUUAGACAAGUUAACCAUGAGGCUUGUACGACAAAUCAUGCUGGGAAUAUUAUUACACGAGAAUGAGGAGGCCUGUUUGGAAGUAUUUGGAAGAAUAUCUUUAUCUCCAAAGUUGCAAACUUUCAGAGAAAGUCUUAGAUUAUUUAUAAAUCAUUUUCUUGUAAAAAAUAUUUGUGCUUCUGAAAACUUACAGGAACAUAGUGAACUAUUGAAGAACCGAGCGAGGUUGGUAGACAAACUUUUAAGUACACGAGAGUCAAAACUUAUAUUUUAACUGAUUUUAUAAUAAUUAAUGCAUAU